AUGGCCAAUACCAUGGAAUUUGUAGCAGCAGAUGAACAGGCGUCAGAAACACACUUGGAAGGCGCCGCUACAUUGGCGGGACCGUUCCAACUCCGCUCACCGAUCUUGACGAUGGGCCAUCUUGGCACACACGUCGUUUGGUCAAUAUUGAAUGCACGGGCUACACUCUUUUUGCAGCGGCUUGGCUUGUAUAAAAGUGUCGUCGCACUCAUUAUGAUGGCCGGUCCGCUAAGUGGUCUUGUGGUGCAGCCCGCUGUUGGAGUCUUGUCGGAUCAGUGCACCAGCACGUGGGGUCGGCGACGACCAUUUAUCCUGCUGGGAUUAGCUGCUUGUGCUACAUCAUUGCUGAGUCUGGCUUUUGCAAGCUCACUUUCGCGGCAAGAUCAAAGUACACAAUUCCAGCCGUUUGUCGCACUUCUUGGUAUCGUGGGCAUCGUCGGCAUUGAUCUAUCUGUGAAUACGCUAUCAGCUGCACACCGAGCAUUGACGAUGGAUGUGCUAGGUCCUGAUGAACAGGACAUAGCUAAUGCUUGGUCUACGCGCUAUUCGAAUCUAGGCUCUUUGCUCGGCUACAUGCUGGGGGUGCUGGAUUUGCCUCGCAUAUUUGCGUUUACGCGGCUCAGUGAUCAGCUCGCCAUAUUGAGCUUGUGUGCGAUCGUAAUUGUGAUUGGUACACACACGACUUUGUUCACUCUGUUGCGCGAGUCUGUGCUGAUAGACUCUUACCAGCAGCAGCGCCCAUGCCGACGCCAGACGUGGUGGCAGAUGGUCAAGAACAUUGGACUUGACCUGUAUCGCUGUGGACGUUCACUUCCUCCAUCUAUAUGGGACUUGUUUGUGAUUCAAUUUUUCUCCUGGCUCGCAUGGUUUCCUGUGUUGUACUAUGCUGCGUCCUGGGUGGCUGAGAUCUUCAGCUUGGCACAGGGCGCAUCGUCAAGUGCAGCCUCGUCGAAGGAACAGCUUGGCGAGGAAGCACGUCGAACAGGAAGUCUCGCACUGUUUUAUUAUGCACUGACAGGCUUGGUUGCAUCUAUCGUGCUGCCAUGGUGCGUUUAUGAUCCUCUAGCUGCAAAACGAUCCUCGUAUACCCACAUUGAACCUGCAGAUCAGGUUGAUACCGAAUUGGAAGAUUUGCGGCCAGACACAGAUCGUGUUUACCAUCUGGAAGAUGUUUGUUCAAGGAGUACAUCAGAUCCUUCUUCAUCAUGGACAUCGUCUUCAUCAUCACAGAAACCCAUAUCCCUGUUACGCCCGUUCCGUCAUUGGCCUUGGCGCAAACCGUCUCUGGAGCCGUCGUUCUCGUGA